AUUCAGCUUCGCUCAGCUUUGCUGCCGUCAUCGCGCCUCUCUCUAUAUGUAGUGCGACACACACCGCAGCCUCAAAGCUGUAUACACAGUGUAAAUCAAACGUUAUCUUGGACGAGCAAAAGUCACCGUUCCGUAUGAUUUACAGUGUGGCUUUUCUCCCCCAGGCUCUCGUUUAUCCAGAAUGAAUGACAACCAAUACAUUCUAAGCCAAUAUAGGCAGGAGUCGAUUGGCUCACACUAAUCCUACGGCCGUUUGCCUAUUCUGGCAACUGCCGAAAGAGACCGUUCCCGGCUGAUCAACGUGCGGGCGACGAUGGGGCCGCCGCAUCGGCGACUAAUUGUUUGUUGGGGUCUGUCUACUUCUGGUAGGCGAGCCUGCGCGCGUCGUAAUCGAAUCCCCAGCUGCCAAGAGACGAAUUACUAUGCUCGGCCGAGGUCCUUAGCGUCGGACAUGAGACGGCGGCGGUCUUCCCAAGGCUCGGCUCGCGCAACGGAGAAAUGCAACAAGACCUUCUCCACAGAUUGAUACGCCCAAGGCUGAAGACGGACAGUUGAGAAGAGCGAGAAAGCGAGCGAAUGAGGAACGGAGCAUUGCAUACAACAGCUACAUUGUUUGUCACCUCCUCUCUUUAGUCCCCCCCUUUCAAUUUGUCUUUCAUAACAGAAAUUUUGCAUUGUUGCUUCUUUGAUCAAUAGAAGCAAGCUUUCUUCUACCCUCAUUAUAACCAAAAGUUAUCUGAUUCUCCAUGGUAGUGGCCAAAUCGUGGUGGCGUGUCAAUGGCGACGCCACUAAUACAACCAUCACCACACAAUUGGUUAUUGCGUUAGUUGUGCUAUGGCCUCUUUCGCUGCUGACACGCACGGUCUAUUCGUUCAUCCGCCGUUGUCUCGCCUUUCGAAGUGCACAGAUCCAACAUGCUUGUCAGCAGCCGCCCAGCUACCCACAUAAAGGCUGGUUCGGCUUUGAUUUGCUGAAGGAGCGCAAGAUCGCAAGCGACAAUGGCCGCUCGCUAGGCCACUACGACGAUUGGUUUGCCAAGCUUGGAGACACCUGGGAAGAGACUAUUGGCGGCCAGCGGCUGAUCAACACCGUGGACUUUGCCAACGUCCGCGUCGUCUUCAAUGCCGACAUGGCUACACUGGGCCGAGCUGGUGCUUUUCACAAGAAUGAUUUUCUUGGCCCAGGCAUAUUCUCAUCGGAUGGACCUCGAUGGAAGGCGUCUCGAGAUAUGAUUAAGCCCUUGUUCAACAGAGCCCAGGUGCGUUCCAAUGCCAUGUUUAAGCGGCACGUCGAUCGCCUCAUUGAACAGCUGCCCCGAGACGGCACAACUAUUGAUGUGCAGCCACUGCUGAAGAAGAUGAACUUUGAUGCCGUCGCUGAAUUCAUCUUUGGCCGAUCUACAGACUCGCUGGUCCCAGGCACGCAGUAUAGCAACGGCGAGUUCAUUGAAGCCUUCAACUACGCCAAUGCCGGGUCUUUGAAGCGAAGAAAGGCUGGCCGACUUGCAUUUGUGCACAUGCUGGACACAGAGUAUCCCAAGUCUGUGAAAAUGGUGCAUCAGUUUGUCGAUGACGAAGUCAAGCGUGUUCUCAAGGAGCUACAUUCACCUGCCGAUCAGCUAGACAAGCCGUCUUCGCACUAUGUCUUGCUUGACGAGAUUGCAAAACACGUGCAAGACCCAUUGACGCUGCGCUAUGAAACACUCAACUUGUUUGCCGGCGGUAGAGACGGCGUCGCCGUGCUGGUAGCCAACGCACUCUUCUGCAUCGUGCGCAAGCCCGGCCUGUGGCAGGCUCUCCGCGAGGUAGCUCUCGACCUAGACGCCGACGCCGAGCUCGACUUGGACAGCAAGCCUCUGCGACGUUUUCGAAACCUCAUUUACGAGACGAUUCGCUCUACAGGCCCCAGCGCCACCAUCACGCGAACUGCCUUCCAAGACACUAUACUGCCCAGUGGCGGAGGCCCAGAUGGAAAGUCUCCCAUCUUUAUGGCAAAGGGUGAUCAAGUGUGCGUCUGUGGCUGGGUCUGUAAUCAUAUUGAAUCGGUUUGGGGCAGCGAUGCCUUUGACUUUGAGCCGGAUCGAUGGAAUCAGCUGAAGCAGAUCCCCCCCGAGUUUGUUCCUUUUGGCGGCGGGCGUAGAAUAUGUCCGGCAUAUCACCAGGUGUAUCUGCAGUCUGCAUAUGUCAUUAUACGACUUGCGCAAGAGUUUCGACAUAUUGAGAACCGGGAUCCGGUGCUUGAGUAUGUUGAGCUGGAUCGAAACCUCACCGAGAGUCGUAAUGGAGCCCUGGUCGCCCUGUUCGCCGCCGAGUAAUUGUGCAUAAAGCAAAAGGAGCAAGAGGGAAAGUUUAGUGCAGUUAGGUGGUAUGCAAUUUAUGUGUUUUGAACCUGCAGUCCUGAACAUGUGGAUAUGUCUACAGAAUAAAGUAUCUUCAUGUCUCUGCUGACUUGCUGCAUUGGUUUCUUCUUGUGAGUUUUCAGAGUCAUCAUAUAUCUAUCACUAAAACGUGUACACAUGAAGUGACGGAGAACUCGUGGGUCAUAGAAGAAAGUUAAAGUUUCUACUCUAGGCGUUUCGCAACAAUUUAGACUACAUAUACUGCGACACAAUUGCUAUAUCAGCCGGAUCUAAAAUACCCCA